ACGUUGCUCGAGUGGGGAGCGAAGCGUGCUCCGGGCUCUGCUGCUGCUGCUGAAUUCAUUGCCUGUCAGCGCCAUGAUCUGCACCGUGCGGGACUCCACGCCGGCAGACUGUCGAGACAUAAUGCGCUUGAUCGUGGGUUUGGCAGAGUAUGAGAAAAUGCCAGGUGAAGUUAAACUUACCCACAAAGAACUGGAGGCGGACGGAUUUUCAAGCAGCCCUUUCUUUAAGUGUUUGGUGGCUGAAGUGCCAGAGGAACUCCAAAGCAGAGAAGGGCACACAAUAGUGGGCUACGGCUUUUAUUUCUUCACGUAUUCCACGUGGAAAGGAAGAGUCAUCUACAUGGAAGACUUGUACGUGAUGCCUGAGUUCAGAGGAAAAGGAAUCGGGAAAGCACUAAUGUGUCGUAUUGCACAGAUCGGCCUGGCGCGGGGCUGUGUUCGGAUGCAGUUCACCGUGCUGGACUGGAAUAAGCCUUCCCUGGAUUUCUACAGCGACCAGGGAGCUGUGAAUCUGACCGCCGCCGAGGGCUGGCAGCUGAUGCGCUUCGAGGGUGAAGCCUUAGAGAAGCUAGCCCAAGCCACUAACUGAAGCGAGGCUGGCCGUCAGCGUGGCUCUCGAACCGUGCAGGGGGCCACGAUCUCCACAUGCACCUUCGAUUCAGAGCCACAAGCUGGCCAGCCUGUAGAAGCAGAGUUUAGUCCCAGCUUUAAACUGGAGUAGUCUGUUGGUUGUUUUGUCGUUCUUCUUUUUCAGGAUGUCUUGGUCGUUGCUGUGGUCCUUUGGGGUUGAAAUAAAGUGCCCAUUGCAGAGCA